GAAGUCCCACGUGUUUGUGCGGCGGGCAGGCGGGCGGGCAUGGCCUCCCCUCGGGCCCCCGCGCCCGGGCCGCCGUCGCCCCGGCGGAACUCCGAGUACGGCCAAGUCCAGUACUGGGACCGGCGCUACCGAGGCGCGGCCGACGCCGCCCCCUACGAGUGGUUCGGGGGCUUCGCUUCCUUCCGCGCCCUCCUGGAACCGGAGCUGCGGCCCGACGACCGCAUCCUCGUGCUAGGUUGUGGGAACAGCGCCCUGAGCUAUGAGCUGUUCCUUGGAGGUUUCCCCAGCGUGACCAGCGUGGAUUACUCAUCGGUAGUGGUGGCCGCCAUGCGGGCCUGCUAUGCCCACGUGCCCACGCUGCGCUGGGAGACCAUGGACGCCCGGGCGAUGCGCUUCCCCAGCGGCUCCUUUGAUGUGGUCCUUGAGAAGGGCACACUGGACGCCCUGCUGGCUGGGGAACGGGACCCCUGGGCGGUGUCUCCCGAAGGCGUCCACACGGUGGACCAGGUGCUGAGAGAGAUGGUGGAGUACAAACGCGCCACGCUCCGCGAGGAAGACGCGCCCGAGCCCCCCGCCGAGGGCGGGGCCUCCCCGGACGCCAUGGAGGUGGGCAGACGGGGCCGGCGUUCCGGGGCCCCGCACACCCGGCGGGAGCUGGUCCUGGCCGGCGUUUCCCUCCUGCUGGCCACGCUGCUGCUGGGCUGCCUGGUGGCCCUGGGCAUCCAGUCCCGCAGAGACCCGUCCCGCCGAACCUGCCUCUCCGAGGCCUGCGUGCGAGUGGCCGGGAAGAUCCUGGAGUCCCUGGACCGAGGGGUGAGCCCCUGCGAGGACUUCUACCAGUUCUCCUGCGGGGGCUGGAUCCGCCGCAACCCCCUGCCCGACGGCCGCUCCCGCUGGAACACCUUCAACAGCCUGUGGGACCAGAACCAGGCCGUCCUGAAGCACCUGCUGGAGAACACCACCUUCAACUCCAGCAGCGAGGCGGAGAGGAAGACCCAGCGCUUCUACCUGUCCUGCCUGCAGGUGGAGCGCAUCGAGGAGCUGGGAGCCCAGCCUCUUCGAGACCUCAUUGACAAGAUUGGCGGUUGGAACAUUUCGGGGCCCUGGGAGCAGUACAACUUCAUGGAGGUGCUGAAGGCAGUGGCAGGGACCUACAGAGCCACGCCCUUCUUCACCGUCUACAUCAGCGCCGAUUCUAAGAGUUCCAACAGCAACAUCAUCCAGGUGGACCAGUCAGGACUCUUUCUACCAUCCCGAGAUUACUACUUAAAUAGAACUGCCAAUGAGAAAGUGCUUACUGCCUACCUGAACUACAUGGAGGAGCUGGGAACGCUGCUGGGUGGAUGGCCGGCUUCCACCCGGGAACAGAUGCAGCAGGUGCUAGAACUGGAGAUACAACUAGCCAACAUCACAGUGCCCCAGGACCAGCGGCGCGACGAGGAGAAGAUCUACCACAAGAUGAGCAUCGCGGAGCUGCAGGCUCUGGCCCCCUCCAUAGACUGGCUUGAGUUCCUGUCUUUCUUGCUGUCACCGUUGGAGCUGGGUGACUCGGAGCCUGUGGUGGUCUAUGGGACAGAUUACUUACGGCAGGUGUCAGAUCUCAUCAACUGCACGGAACCCAGUAUCCUGAACAACUACUUGAUCUGGAACUUGGUGCAGAAGACAACCUCGAGCCUGGACCGGCGUUUUGAAGCUGCCCAAGAGAAGCUGCUGGAGAGCCUGUAUGGCACCAAGAAGUCCUGCACACCAAGAUGGCAGACCUGUAUCUCCAACACAGAUGACGCGCUUGGCUUUGCCUUGGGCUCCCUGUUUGUGAAGGCUACCUUUGACCGACAAAGCAAGGAAAUCGCAGAAGGGAUGAUCAGUGAGAUCCGGUCUGCUUUUGAGGAGGCCCUGGGACAGCUGGUUUGGAUGGACGAGAAGACCCGGCAGGCAGCCAAGGAGAAAGCAGAUGCUAUCUACGAUAUGAUUGGUUUCCCGGACUUCAUCCUAGAGCCCAAAGAGCUAGAUGAUGUGUAUGAUGGGUACGAAGUUUCUGAAGAUUCCUUCUUUCAAAACAUGUUGAAUUUGUACAACUUCUCUGCUAAGGUGAUGGCUGACCAGCUCCGCAAGCCUCCCAGCCGUGACCAGUGGAGCAUGACCCCCCAGACAGUGAAUGCCUACUACCUUCCAACCAAGAACGAAAUCGUCUUCCCUGCUGGCAUCCUGCAGGCCCCUUUCUAUGCCCGCCACCACCCCAAGGCCCUGAACUUUGGUGGCAUUGGCGUGGUCAUGGGCCAUGAGUUGACACAUGCCUUUGAUGACCAAGGGCGGGAGUACGACAAGGAAGGAAACCUGCGGCCCUGGUGGCAGAAUGAGUCCCUAGCAGCCUUCCGGAACCACACAGCCUGCAUGGAGGAACAGUACAACCGGUACCAGGUCAAUGGGGAGAGGCUCAAUGGCCGCCAGACGCUGGGGGAGAACAUCGCUGACAACGGGGGGCUUCAGGCUGCUUACAACGCCUACGAAGCCUGGCUGAGGAAGCACGGGGAAGAGCAGCAGCUGCCCGCCGUGGGGCUCACCAACCACCAACUCUUCUUUGUGGGAUUUGCCCAGGUGUGGUGCUCAGUCCGCACACCAGAGAGCUCUCACGAGGGGCUGGUGACUGACCCCCACAGCCCUGCUCGCUUCCGAGUGCUGGGCACGCUCUCCAACUCCCGAGACUUCCUCCGGCACUUCGGCUGCCCUGCCGGCUCCCCCAUGAACCCAGGGCAGCUGUGCGAGGUGUGGUAGACCUGGGAAGAAAUGGCCGGCUAGUGCCAGGGCCCGGGACUUGGAGGUUAGGAAAAGCAAGGAGAAGCUGGGCUGGGUCCAGCCCCAUCAUAACCCUAGGUGACAAGAGUAGUCCCCCAUCCACCACCACAUUGUGCCUCUGCUUUGGGAGUGACCCUGCCUCCAGCAGAGCCCCCGCCAUUCACUGUGACAUCUUUCCAUGUCACCCUGCCUGGAGACGUAGAUGUGGGUACCAGUUCCCUAAAGGAAGGAGUCUAGUCUGGCUCUUUGGGCCCCAAGCUUAACGAGCUUGCGGGCUGCAGGUUCUGAUGGGCCUGGGACUGUGUCAUCCAGCUGCUCCCCAGGUUUGCUCUGCCUGGGUUGGAAUGGGCUCAGUUCCUUCAGCCCUAACCCGCGGGGGGGGGGGGGGUCUCCCCGUCUCUGUGUGCUGCUGCUCCUAGUUCUGCUGCUCAGUAGGCAAAUGGCUGUGCUUGGCUCUUAGCUGGCGGAAGGCCAUGGGCUUCGUCUUCCUGACGCCCCAUUUCACUGCGGUGAGAGGGGAGGCUGGUUUCUAUAUUUCAGGAUACAAGUCGUAAGGGGUAACGGAUUGUCCCUGAACCAAACAGGAAGGCAGAAGGACAGAGGGAAGGACAGAGUAUAUUUUUACAGGGAAGAGGGUGGGGAGGGUGUGGUCUCAGCCCUGUAGGACCGUGUGCCAAUAAAUAGACCCGCAUCAGUCAGCCUGUCUCUUCCUUCA